UUAUUCCCUUUUCUUGCAUUAAUAUUUUUUAUUGUUGACUCGUGCGCCAUUCAAUACACCCCUCGCUCUUGCUCAUGCUUUUCUCAUCAUCAUUCUUCACAUUUUUUGUGAUCUCACUUUGAAAUUUCAACUUUGAAUUUUAGUGAAUAUAAAUAAACAGCAGCUUCUAAGAGAGGGAGAAGGAUGGAGAAUUAUCAAGUGGUGGAGCAGAUUGGAAGAGGAGCUUUUGGUGCUGCUUUUCUUGUUCAUCACAAAGUUGAAAAGAAGAGAUAUGUUUUGAAGAAGAUUAGGCUGGCAAAGCAAACUGAGAAAUUCAAGCAGACUGCACAUCAAGAGAUGGCAUUGAUGGCAAAAUUAAAAAAUCCUUACAUCAUCGGUUACAAAGAUGCAUGGGUGGAGAAGGACUCAUUUGUGUGCAUUGUAACAACAUAUUGUGAAGGUGGAGACAUGGCAGGGAUGAUCAAGAAAGCUAGAGGUGUGUAUUUCUCCGAAGAGAAGAUCUGCAGGUGGCUUACUCAGUUGCUACUAGCCUUGGACUAUCUUCACUCAAACCGUGUCCUUCAUAGAGAUCUCAAGUGCUCCAACAUUUUCCUUACAAAAGACGGCGAGAUCAGACUCGGUGACUUUGGCCUUGCAAAGCUUCUUGUCAAAGAUGAUCUUGCUUCAUCUAUUGUGGGGACUCCAAACUACAUGUGUCCAGAAAUAUUAGCAGAUAUACCCUAUGGCUACAAAUCUGAUAUAUGGUCUUUAGGGUGUUGCAUGUUCGAAAUAGCUGCCCAUCAACCUCCCUUCAGGGCUACGGAUAUGGCUGCCUUAGUUAACAAAAUUAACAGAUCCUCAAUUUCUCCUCUGCCUACACUAUAUUCCUCAUCCAUAAAGCAGCUCAUCAGAAGCAUGCUAAGGAGAAGCCCUGAGCAUAGACCAACGGCUGCCGAGCUACUGAGGCAUCAGCAUUUGCAGCCAUAUCUAGCCGAGUACACCAACCUAUCUCCCGUCUUCCUCCCGGUGAAGUCCGAGACUGAGUCUCCACAGAAACCUUGCAGAACAGGGCAGAGGAAGGCCAUCCCAAAAAUGGAGAAGAAAAACGAUGAUGUGAAAGUGAAAGUGCAAGCGAAAGCGAGCAAGUUAUCCUCCUCAUCGGAUUCGAGCACACUGAGCGAGGACCAUCAGCCUGGGAUGGGAGACGACAAGGCGGAGGCGAUGGAGUCGUUGCUUGAGCUCUGCGCAAAGCUGCUAAAGAGGGAGAGGUUUGAGGAGCUGGCUGGGGUGCUCAAACCCUUUGGAGAAGAGGAAGCUGUUUCCUCUAGAGAGACUGCCAUUUGGUUGACUAAAGGGUUGAUGAAUAUUCAGAGAGUAAAUCAACAACCUUAACUGCAUUUUUUUCAGUAACAUGAUGUUGUGUUUGUGAUUGUGUCACACAUUAUUAAUUCAAUAUAUAUAUCUGGUUCAUUACAAGUAAA